CAGUUUAAAAACCAAACAAUAAAAUACACACAAACAAAGAGGAAGGGUUUUAGUCCGUUCAUCCUAUCAAUAUUCAAGUGUCAUCUUCUAUUACCCCACUACUUGUUUCUGCUUCAUUCUUGCUACCUGGGUUCGAUUCCUCACUUGGGUUAGUCUCAAUUUUGCUUUGCCUUUGAAAAACUACAACUUCUCUUCUCCAGUAGUAUUGGUCUUUCUUGCUUCUGGGUCUGUGAAUCUUCUCAACUUUAUCGCUUGGGUUGGUAUCGUUUGUGCUUUUAUUCGUAGAUUUAAGGUAUUUUGGCGCUUGGGUCGGUCUCAAAAUGCUAAAUUUUGUCUCUAAAACCCUUCAUUUUCUUGUAAUCAGAUAAGAGUGAUUGAAAAUGAUUAAGAAAAGGCCUGGUUCUUAUUGUUAUUACUAUUUCUUCAGGACUAGAAGAGCAAUUACAACUUGUUCUUUGCCAAUAGAGCCUACAAAUGCUUUUGUUUCACCUAUUGCCAAUGACCACAAAUCUCUGUGUCUCUCAUUGGCAGAGCAGCUCAUUCAACGGGGCUUGUUAUCGUCGGCGCAGCAAGUGGUUCGGCGAAUAAUAACACGUUCUUCGUCGGUUUCUGAUGCUUUUUCGGUUGUUGAUUUUGCUGCUUUACGUGGCUUAGACCUUGAUUUGGGUAGCUAUGGCGAACUCAUUAGGAAACUAGUGUUUUCGGGUCAGCCCCAAUUGGCUGAGGCACUUUUUCGCGACAACAUUGUUGGUAGAGGUAUUGAUCCUGAUUUAUCGAUUUUGAAUUCUAUGGUUAUUUGUUUGUGUAAGUUAGAUAAAGUAGAGGAGGCAGGAGCUCAAUUUGAUAGGCUGCUUGAGAUAGGUGGAAUUCCUUGCAAAGCUGCUUGUAAUGCAAUGAUUUGGGGGCUUUAUGCUCAAGAUAGAAUUUUAGAAGCAUUUGAUUAUUUAGUUAGAGUUAAUGAGGCUGGAGCUACUCCUGAUAUUUUGUGUUUUAAUAAAUUGAUUUAUGGGUUAUGCUAUAAGGGGUAUAUGGAUGAAGCUCUUGAAUUGUUUGAUGUAAUGCGCUGUGGACAUGGUUAUCCACCUACACUCCAUCUAUAUAAAUCAAUAUUUUACAGUCUUUGUAAGAGAGGGCUGGUCGUAGAGGCAGAGUCACUAUUCAGAGAAAUGGAGUCUCAGGGUCUUUAUAUAGAUAGGGUGAUGUAUACUUCUUUGAUUAAUCAAUAUAGCAAGGAUAAGAAAAUGAAGAUGGCAAUGCGGGUUUUCUUGAGAAUGCUGAAGACAGAUUGUGAGCCAGAUAAUUACACAUAUAAUACAUUGAUUCAUGGGUUUUUGAAAUUGGGCUUGUUUGAUAAGGGGUGGCUGGUUUACAAACAGAUGGCAGGGUGGGGAAUCCAACCUGAUGCGGUAACUAAUCACCUUUUUAUCAGUAAGUACUGCAGGGAAGGGAAAGUUGAUUGUGCUUUGAUGCUUUUGAACAACAUGGUUAGUUGCAACUUAGCUCCUAAUGUCCAUUGUUACACGGUUUUAUUCAAUGCACUUUACAAGGAGAAUAGGCUAAUGGAAGUUUAUAAUUUGUUCAAAAGCAUGCUGGUAAGGGGGGUUGUUCCUGAUCAUGUGCUGUUUUUUGUCCUUAUGAAGAAGUAUCCAGAGGGGCAGAGGCUUGACCUUGCUCAUCUGAUUCUGCAGGCAAUUGCCAAGAAUGGGUGUGGUUUUGACCCUUCUAUGCUCUCAUCCUCUGCUAGUGUAAACUCUAAUGGGGACUUGGAGCGUGAAAUUGAGAUCCUGCUUGAUGGAAUUGUGAGAUGUAACUUUAAUUUGGCUAAUGUAGCAUUCGGUGUUGUUGUCAGUGCCUUGUGUGGAGAAGGAAGGCCAAAUGAUGCCUUGCUUUACAUGGAUAAAAUUGUGAGAGUUGGAUGCAUGCCUUUGCUUUUUACUUAUAACUCUUUGAUCAGGUGUCUAUGUCAGAAGGGCCUUUUUGAGGAUGCCAAGUACCUACUUGACCUUAUGCAAGAUCGAGGUGUGGUCCCAAAUCAAGCAACUUAUUUGAUAAUGGUAAAUGAACACUGUAAACGGGGUGAUCUGGUGUCAGCCUUCAAUAUUCUGGACCAAAUGGGUGAGAGGGGACUUAGACCUAAUGUUGCUAUAUAUGACACUAUUAUUGGUUGUCUAAGCAGAGAGAAAAGAAUCUUUGAAGCAGAAGAAAUGUUUAAGAUGAUGCUCGAGUCUGGUGUGGAUCCUGACGAGGUUGUCUAUGUGACAAUGAUUAAUGGCUACUCGAAGAAUGGAAGAGCUAUUGAAGCCCACCAGUUGUUUGAUAUAAUGUUAGAGAAUUCCAUUCAGCCAAGUUCUUAUUCCUACACUGCACUUAUAAGUGGGUUGGUGAAGAAAAAUAUGACUUAUAAGGGAUGCAUAUACCUUGAUAGGAUGUUGGGAGAUGGUCUUCAGCCAAAUAGUGUGCUAUAUACCUCGCUUAUCAGUCUUUUCUUGAAGAAGGGUCAGUUCGAAUUUGCCUUUAGGUUAGUUGAUUUGAUGGACAGAAACCAGAUUGACACCGAUCUCAUCAUGUAUAUCUCACUUGUCAGUGGUGUUAGUAGAAAUAUCUCUAGUAUUAAGAAGGAAUUGUGCGUUAUAAAUAAAAAGUCUGAAAGGGAAAGAGAAAUGUUGUUCCAUUUACUCCAUCAGAAAACUCUUAUGCCAAUGAAGAAGAUUUUAAGAAUUUCUGCUGAUACUCCCGAGGAGACGAAAUGCUUUGCUUUGAAGCUGAUGCAGAAGUUUAAAGACAUUGAGUUUAUGCCAAACUUGUACUUAUACAAUGGUAUAAUCUCUGGAUUUUGUAGGGCAGAGCAGAUGUGGGAUGCCUAUGAUCAUUUUGAAAAGAUGCAAAGAGAGGGUGUACAUCCCAAUGAGGUGACUUACACCAUUCUCAUUGAUGGGCAUAUUCGAUCUGGUGAUAUUAACGGUGCAAUAGGAUUGUUCAAUAAGAUGAAUGCAGAUGGUUUUGCUCCAGACAGAAUUGCGUAUAACACUUUACUGAAAGGCCUUUGUAAGGCUGGGAGACUACUUGAUGCCUUAUCACUCUCAUAUGCAAUGCGUAAGAGGGGGGUUUUCCCAAAUCGGUUUUCUUAUGAAUGUUUACUCAGCUGUUUUUGUGCAAGUGAUAUGAGUGUUCCUGCCUUCAAGAUAUUUGAAGAAAUGCUUGCUCAAAAUUAUAAACCUAAGCAGUUUAAUCACAACUGGUUGUUUUGCAAAUUAUGUGAGAAUAAUAAUUUUCUUGAAGCUCGUAUGGUAUCUGAUAUGAUGCUUCAGAGAGGGAUAACUCCAAAACAUUCAACAAAGAGGUUUUAUUUGAAAACAUGCAAUGAGGGAAGUGAAGGUAAUCUAGCAUUAUGUUGUUGAAGGCAUAUCCUUGUGCAAAGUAAAAGUUAUUGCCUGAUGCCGUGCAACACAUUUAGAGGAAUGAUGCCUACGAAAAACAAAGUGAUUUAUGCAGGAAUGGUGGAGAUCGUGAACUCCAAUCUUUGCCAAUGAGGUCAUUUGCAUGCAGCUGACAAGAAUCAGUUGGGCCUGGUGGAAGUCCAGAUGAAAAUGGAGAAACUAUAAUUGGAGUCAUUGAUGGGGAAAGAAAGUCCUUGCUCAAAGUGAGACGGUUCUCAGAUAUUGAGGCAAUUCAUAAACAUAGAAUUUGAUGUCGUUGCUGGUAGUUGGGGGGCUGAGUGUGAGUUUUUGGAAAGUGAAUUGCAGUCUUCAAACAAUGAAGUGAAGCUUGUCUGAGAGCUAGAUUCACCCCAGUUGCUUCUCUACAAAGACAAUGGUGGAGGUGUUGUGUUAAAGAAAAGCCAACUUACGGUUUCUUAAUACAAUCAGGAGAUGAUCCUCGGGAUUCCUGCUACAAUGAGCAGUUUUACAUCAAUGAGAGGGAGAUAUAAAAUUUAUAAAUGGCAAAAGAUUGCUUAGGAACUCUUUAAGUCUUAUAUGACUACGUAAAUGGCAACUUCAGAUGAACAACUUACAGCUCUCGGUGAACUAUUGUAUCAGUUCUGCAUAUAUAUAGGCAGGCCUCAUAAACAUAAAUAAUGCAAUGGAGACUAAUGACAUCUGGAGAAUCAAGUUAAAGACUUAAAGUAGCGUGCAUCAUAGAUGGUGAAAUUGGUCUAAUGGAUAGCCCUAUUCCCUUGAGAAGAACUAAUUGGGGAAGCUAAAGCUGUUUUAAUGGCCAGGCUGUGACUCCAUGUCCCUUGGUCCGAAGACUUUGAUUGGUUUGUGUCUAACUCCUGGUUUCCGAACCCAAAGGGAGUUGGUUAUUUCCUAAUUAAAAAUGCAUCAAUACUGCUAUGUAGAUAUUUGUUUAACUACUGGAAUGUGCUACAUCUCAAUAAAUGUAAGAUAAUGUAAUAAAUCUGUAAGAUGAUGCAAUAAAUUUGUCAUGGAUUUAUCCCAUGGGCCUUUUUUUUU